AAUGUUGUUUGCUUACUUGCAUAUACAUACAUACAUACGUGUAUAUGUGUAUGUGCAUAUGUAUGCGUGGAGCUCGAUUGCUGACAUUAAAACGCGGCCUUGCCAACGAGAAUGUAGUAGCUGUAAGAAGUACGAGCUAAGCCAGCUGCGAAAUAUUGUGAUCUCCAGUGCACCAAAUGCAACGUUGCACCACCAUUCGCUUGCCGUUUGUUCAUAGUUGAGUAGCAACCGUCCGCCUGGUCGGUUAACCCUCAGACACCUCGUUUUAGUUCGACGCAGAGCGAGCAUUUUAAUUAUCGCAAAUUCCCCGAAAACGCGGCGACCUGAUGACUAUGGCAGAAGGCACCGACCCCAUGGGGCAUCAGGCGGGCUCCCAUCAUCACCAUCACCACCAACACUCCCAUCAACGCCACCAUCCGCACCAUCAGCAUCCGCAUCAGCAGAUGCAUCAGCGUCAACAGUCGCAUCCGCAUUAUGCGCCCUAUGCUGCUGCUGCCGCCGCUGCUGCCCACUUGCAGUAUCCGCUGCCACAACAUCUGCCACUGGCACUCAGUCUACAACAUCAGGCUGCUGCUGCCGCUGCCGCAGCCGCCGUUGCAGCCGAGCAGGUGAAUAACAAUCAACCCUUUGUGACCAACAACAACGUGCCGUGGAAGCAGCGCAAACGAAAGCGUUUAUCGGCUGUGCUGGAUAAGCUGCAUAAUCAUAACAACAAUAACAACAGCGUGAAUAACAAUGGCAGCAACAACAAUAACAACAAUAAUGUCAGCGGUCAAGGCAAUCACAAUCACAGCCAUGAGGAGCCACUGGACGGCGAUGAGGAUGUCGAGAAUGAGGCUAAUUUUAAGAACAACAACAAUAACAACAACAACACCAACCAUGGAAGCAACAAUAACAUGCGCUCCAAACGGCAAAAUUGUGGCGAUGAUAGUGGGAAAGCGCUAAUGAGCAAUAAACGCUCCCUCAGUGAAGUAAGUGGCGAUGAAGCCGAUCUUGAGGCUGAGGUCGAUGCCGUAUCUGAUGAUCUGUCGCACGACAAUGAUAGCCCUCGUAUCAGCAUGAGUCCAUUGCAGCUGGUCUCAUCGAGCGAUAGUCCGUCGGCAGCGGCCCACCCCAUUGCUGCCGCUGCGACCUCGACACCCAGUGACAAUCCGCUGCACGUCGACAUCAAGACUGAGCACAUGCACAAUCCCUAUGACCGUUACUUUCCUAUUCCGUCGCCGCUCUUUGGCUAUUAUUUGCACACAAAAUACUUAAAUGAAGUAUUUCGACGACGGCAAGAUCUCUAUACGACACCAAUGCAGCACACGCCUUCUUCGAUCGCAUCGUCAAUCGCGGAUGAGACUUCGCCUACUGGUUUGGUAAAUUCGGGUGCUCAUCUGGACCAUCCGCCUCCUUUCCCACCAACAUCGACAGCUACUGCUCAAGUUGCCGUCGGUGUUCCCAGCCGUUCGCCACCACCAGCCGUCACCGUUGCACUUCCUUCACCACCACGCAGCGAUUCAUCAGUCACAGCAAUUGCCACGGCUAAUACACGCACCAGUUCUUCACCUGCUGCACAAAGCAACGCUUCGGACCCGAACAUAAUGCCACCACCACAAGAGCGUCCAUUGGAUCUAUCAGUACGCAGCGGUGGCACGACGCCUACAUCUGAGCUGGGUGGCAAAAAGUAUAAAUCUCCAUCGCCACUGCCAGCGACCACACUUAUGUUGCCACCAGCACAGCAGCCCAUCUCAGCCACUGUUAGCGCCGCCUCCAUGUCGCCAAGCAACCCCUCCCACAAGUUCACUGUGGCAGGAAACAGCAAUCAUGCAUCAUUGGCCAGUUCUCCCGCACCUGUUUCCCCAUACGCUGCAGCUGCUGCUGCUGCACAUGCCGCCGCAGCCGCUGCCGCUGCGAUGAUCAAACUCGAAAUGCCAAUGCAUCCACUACAUUCACAUGCACCCAACACCACGGUGGGCGUGCCCGUAAUCAAAGGUGAUGUAGCAUCGCCCACAACCAAGGAAUCGGUCGCAUGGCGCUACAAUCUCGACGUCUCACCAGUGGUGGAAGAAAUGCCACCCGGCUCGGAUGUUGCCUACGUCUGCCCGGUUUGUGGGCAGAUGUUCUCGCUGCACGAUCGCCUUGCCAAACAUAUGGCGUCAAGGCACAAGUCGCGCAACCCCGCCAACGAUAUCACCAAAGCCUACUCAUGUGAGGUGUGCGCGCGUUCCUUCGCUCGUUCCGAUAUGCUCACACGCCACAUGAGACUGCACACCGGCGUGAAGCCCUACACCUGCAAAGUGUGCGGCCAAGUUUUCUCACGUUCCGACCACUUGUCUACACAUCAACGCACCCACACCGGCGAGAAGCCAUACAAGUGUCCACAAUGCCCGUAUGCCGCGUGCCGACGAGACAUGAUCACGCGGCACAUGCGCACACACACACGCUACGAAUCGCAACAACGCGGCGGUGGCUCCAACAAUAGUGGCGCUGCUGGUGAAGCCAGUGGCCCCUCCAAGUCACCGUUGCCAUUACUGGGCGACAUGAAGAUGAAUUUGCCGUUGCUGCUAAAAAGCGAGGAGCUAGCGGCCAAGUCGACGAUGCACAGCGGUAUCGGAAGCGCAUUGCCGAUUGUGGUGAAAACGGAGAGCGCCUAGUGGUGGUCACUCACAUACAGGGGCUGUAAAGCGUAGGUGCUGGAGACUCUCCUAUGGAGGGCUGCCGGGAAGAGAUUAACAUAAGGUCACAUGGAAGGAACAUGGGUCCUAUGUCCGUAAGAAAUGAAGUGAAUAUUCGAGAACUUUAUAAUUCAGGCGUACAAGUACAGAGUAGCUAAGUACAGCAUGAGAAAGUAGAUGUAAGGAUAACAGCGGAUAAAACAUUUUAUUUUUCAAAAAUCUCUUUGUGAAGACUGAGACUAAUUUAAGCGUAAUAAUGAAUUUAAGUAUUUUUUUUUUUCUUAAAAGAUUUGUAGAAAUGGGGUGGAAAAACUUGAAAUGGUGCAAGCCUACAUUUAUAUUUAUUUAAUUCACUAAGCUAAGUAUGCAAAGCUGACACUGAGGGGAAAUGAGUUGUGGGCAAACUUUUCGGAGAAUGAUUUCGUGAAAGCGCGUGGAGCGGACAGUUACAGUUGCUGUUAGCUUUGAUGGAAUUUUUCGAUGAAAGCGCUCAACUUUUACUUGACAUUCGCUCGUUUGUCGGCGCCUAGGGUAUUGAGGCCAAAUUUGAUAUUUUAAUUUCAUAACAGUACAUAAAAAAUGUUAGUUUUAAAAAAACAAAUGGUUGUGAAUGGCAAUUCAGCAUUGAUUAGUUUUUUCCGAGCACAAACAUUUUUCCUCCUUAUUUCUAUAACUGUCUAUCUCUCUCACACAUAAGUACUCAUAUUCAUUAGAAGACAAACAAGCUAGACAAUUAGGAGAUUAUUGAUAUAAAUUUGAAGUUUAAGUUAAAUAAUCAUUUACUAUUUAGUUAAAAGCGGAUAAUUGGAUUUCAUUAGUUUUAUAAUUUGAUUUAAUUAAUUCGUAGUUUGUAUUCGAAAAAUAUUGAAAAACCCACAAAUUAAUUUUAAGCAUAAUUUUGAUUGAAAAAUCCUAAUUGCAGUAAUUUAUUCUAAUUUUU